CUUUUUAGUUGCAAUAGACAAAUCUACUCCUCGCAGAGACACGAAUCAGGCCAUAAUGAUCUUUUUACCUGUGAAUGGUAAACGCACUGCGAUGCCAAUUGAUGCUCCACUAGUGUACGAGUACAGAGAUGCAGAUUCCGAUAACGAAGACACUAUUAGAGGAGGUUAUGGAGAAGAUCUUGCCGUACAAGUGUUCAUGCUGAUGGACAGUACCAAGCGAGUACAUUUCAAACGAAGCUAUACGAAGCUAUACGAGCUUUUGGGGAUGCAUCGAAAACCAGAUCCAUACUUUCCUCUUCCUUGGGAUGCAUCCCACUGGCUAGACCUAGCGAUCGUUGAGCUACGUGAAAACUCCUUGUCUUCCAAUUUUAUCAAGCUUAUCAUCAAACGCUCUAAUCGCUUGCACACAUUAUUUGGAAGUGGCCGAGGACAUGCUGAGUACAAGACUUAUUCCUAAAGUCAAGGAUUAAAAGCGCUCGAAACUGUGACAUAUGCAACCACGCGAUUUUCCAGUUCUGCUUUCGAUCAAUGGAAGAAAAUUUACAAUAGUUAUCCCGCUUUGGUUACGGCAUACAGUGCAAAUCGAGAAGAUAAAAAGGAUGAUUGUGAGGAGAC